UAGACGCAUGCGCAGAAGAGUCCGCUGUCAAACGGUCACCGCCAGCAGUCGCGAAGGAAACUCCUCCCUGCUGACAACAAGCUCUCCUAGCGCAAUGGUCUCGUGGAUUAUUUCCAGGCUUGUGGUGCUCAUAUUUGGGACACUUUACCCUGCAUAUUCAUCAUAUAAAGCUGUCAAAUCAAAAGAUGUGAGAGAAUAUGUAAAAUGGAUGAUGUAUUGGAUAAUAUUUGCACUGUUCACAACAGCUGAAGUGAUCACAGAUUUAUUCUUGUGCUGGCUCCCAUUUUACUAUGAGCUAAAAAUUGCUUUUAUGGUGUGGUUACUUUCACCAUACACAAAGGGAUCCAGUGUGCUGUAUAGGAAGUUCGUCCACCCAACUUUGACCUCUAAAGAAAAGGACAUUGAUGAAUACCUAUGUCAAGCAAAGGACAAAAGUUAUGACACCCUGAUGCACUUUGGAAAGAAAAGCCUGAAUGUGGCCGCUACAGCUGCAGUGAUGGCUGCCACUAAGGGCCAGGGUGUGCUAUCAGAUCGCCUUCGGAGUUUCAGUAUGCAUGACCUGACCACCAUAGACUCAGACGGUGAAGCAAAGAGUUCUGCUUCAGUCACCACUCAGGCUGCAUCGGGUCAGCACAGAACUCGCGCCGUGAUGCGCAGCAAAUCAGAUGCCGCCUACAGCAAGAGCCCAGAGUUUGACAUAACUGAGUUUGAGAUGUUGAAUGUGGAGCAGUGUGCUUCUGUGGAGCCUUCUUUCCUUCUGACCCGCAAACCCACUCCGAUACCAAGAUCCUUCAGCAAUCCAAGCCAGCCUCUUUCACCCCCUGAGCUUUCCCAGGACAAACCUGCACCCCCUCCAUCUGAGGACCCAGAGGUGACAAAGGACAGUGAAAAAGAGUGGGGCAUCCCAGCCAACUCAGGCCAACUUGGACUGCUUAAGAGACGUGCCCCAGAGCCUCCUCCUAGAGCUUUAAGACCUCUCACCAGAUCCAGAUCCAAGAACACCCUAUCAGCAAACCCUGAGGCCAUGUGACUGUGCAUACGCUGUGAGACUGCUUUAGCUGCCUUAGCUGCAACAUGAGGACACAGAAAAAGAGGAGACAGAGAGAGGGGGGGAAUACACGGCGAUGCAGACAAAAGAUCAAAUAUUUAAAGCAGCCUUGUUCUCUAAUGAGGUAACCAAAGCAACGUGCGACCUUAUUGCGUCUGAUCUUUCACACCCGAGGGGGGAGGUUUCUAUCAAGGUAGCACGUGUAUGUGGCACCAUUUAGAGACUCUUAAACACUUUGUGUUGUACAUAUUUACUGUAUGUGAAGAGUGUAUGUUUGCUUCCUUUUGUUUGUAUGACUUUGGGAGAGACAGAAGCAUGCAUGUCCCUCUGUUGGUCUGUCACGAGAGCAACAUUUGCAACACCUCUGAGCACCUAGGCAUUGUACAGUAGCCACUAUGCUCACUGUUGAAGCGCUGCAAUGACUCUUCUGUGGACUUUUUAAGGCUUCACCCCGUUCAGUGCACUCGAAUGGAGCACAAGCGGGUAUGACACCAUCGUCCUCUCAGGAUACGUAGCCCAUUGAUAAUGUCGGUCCACUAACACUGAUAAAUGUUUAUUUACAAAGGGAGAGUGACUUCUACAUACAGGCUUGUAAUUCUACCAAAAAAAAUUGUAUAGCAAUGAAAAUAUUAAUCGUGUAUAUUUAAAGGAAUUUACAGGACAAAUGUGCAAUGAUAUUAGAUUUCAGCUGACUCUGAAAGAAUAGAUUUAAACUGAGCCACACUGAAGAAAUUUCACCCCAAACGGCUGUUUGGUUUUAUUCAUGCUGUUAUGAUGAGGCAUGUUACAUGAUUAAAGCCCAUCACAAAAGAAAGAAAGAAAAACGAAAACACAUCUGAUCAGUCCUUUAAAGCAAUGCUUAUCUAUCCAAGGAAAUUCAUGAAUAUUUUAAGUAGCAUUCUUUAGGCAUUUUAUAGUAGCAGUGGAUUAUAUUUACAGCAUUUGGCAGAUGCCCUUGCCCAGAAUGACUUACAUUUAUCUCAUAUAUACAACUGAGCAGUGGAGGGUUAAGGGCCUUGCUCAAGGGCCCAGUGGUGGCAGCUUGGUAGCGCUGGGAUUUGAACUCACAACCUUCCAGGCAGAAGUCCGAUGUCUUGACCACUGAGCUAGCACCACCCAUAAUCAUUUCACGGUUUGGUUUAGUGUGAAUAUUGUUUUAAUUUCUGUUCUAUUUAAAGAACUUCUCUUAACUGUAAUGUUACAUGAAUUCACACCAAAUGUUGACAAUCUGAAUGUUUUUUUCUUCUUCAUAUCAGUCUGGAAUUGUCAGUAUUACUUCAUUUACGUACACUAGUGCUGGAUUAAGCACUGUUCAGAAUUAUAAUGCUGUGAGCUCUGUAACAUACACACUAGAUAGAGAAUGUUGCACUGUACUCAUUGAGCAUAGUUUAGUUCAUUCUCAUACAUUUAGCCAUAAAGGGGGUGCCAAGUAGCCCCUUAAAGUCAGAACACUGUGCAGUCAGACUGCUAUGCUUCACUGAGUAAUACAAAUGGGUCACGAUACAACGUCGUUUCACUAGGAUUAUACGUUGUAAAAUUCUCACUAACACUGAUGUACUGAAUUGUGUCACUACCACUGUUUCCAUGUUAAUAAGACUUUCACAGAGGGAAGGCGUCAUUUCCAUCAGGUUGGAAAAUGAUGAUGAGAAUGAUGACGAUCUUAUUUUAUGUCACCUCUUUCUUCUUUCAGAUACCAGGUAGCAAAAGCCCAUAUCGUCUCACAGCGACACAAUUGAAAUGUUGUUUUUUUGUUGUUGUUUUUUUAAGUAGAUAUCUUUCUCAGGUACAGUUUGUUAUAUCUUACCACAUUUAAUCAAACUUUACGCAUGAAAGAUGAAACGUUAAAAGGACAAACAUAAUGACAGGGAAUAUGACACCAGAAAUACAAAAUGCAAAGCAGAGAAUUGAAACCUGAGAUCUGCGAAUUAAGAUUGAUUUGAUUGUUUAGAAGAGCAUCCAACCCGCAUUAUAUUUGCUCACUUAACAUUUCAACUUUUAAAGAAAUGAAAGAAGUAAAACACAUGCAUGAAAUCUUUGUCCAGCAUUCUGUACAUGUAUAACCAUUUAAGUGCUCUGUGUGAACCAUUGUCAGGAUUACCUGUUACUUUCAUGAGAAGUAGUAUUAGAUUUCGUUGAAUGUUGUUUCAGGAGUUAGUUAUUAAAGGCACAUAUCCCUUAAAGAAAGAAAGAAAGAAAAAAAAAAUAGGCUGAUUGAAAUAUCAGUGUCUUGAUUAGCCUUCCAAGUCUUUCAUGUUCUCUUUAAAACAGCAACAAGAUUAUUUUUGAGCUGCAUUUCUUUUUAAACUGUAUAUUGUGAGAAAACACCUGCUUCCUUACACAAAUGACAACUGAGCAAAAUUAGUCAUGAUUCAAGUAGAGGAUGUGCCUUUAAAGACUAAUAGUUAUUAUUGCUUUUUAGAAGAUUUCUUACUUUGAAAUAAUGUUCAUUUGUAUUCAUUUGUUUGUUUGAACUCCUUGGAAGAGGGAGAAAUAAAGAAAAUGAGGCUAGGGAUGUACUUCAUAAGGGUGACUAAACCUUGCUUUCCUCCUAAUGAACAUACAGCUUGCAGUAAAAAAAAUAAAUUAAAAAAAGCAUUUCAAAACACAGCUCUCAUGUCUGGCAGGCCAGAAAAUCUCUCUUAUACUGUUGAUUAAUGUGGACAAAGAACGAAAAUGGUUUGAUCUCUGUCAUGGACCCUUAAAAUGGAUCUGACGGUGUGUCACCAUCAGUUAUUAAAAAGGGAGACGGAA